AUGUCUGGGCGCACUGUCCGUCUGAAAUCAGUUCCCAUACAGAGUCUUUCUGAACUGGAGCGUGCACGGCUGCAGGAAGUUGCAUUUUAUCGUCUGCAGCAAGAUUUUGACUUAAGUUGUCAGAUCACUAUUCCCAAAGGUAAGGCCAUGCUUUGA